CUAGUUGAACUGAAUCUUCACAGGCGCAACUCCGGCGAGAAAAAUGGUCCGCAGCAUAAAAAAUCCUAAAAAGGCUAAGAGGAAGAACAAGAAUAAGGGAGAUGGGUCAUCGUCAUCUUCUUCAAUGCCAUCGAUGCCAACUAGGGUUUGGCAGCCAGGUGUUGAUAAGCUCGAGGAUGGAGAAGAGCUUCAGUGCGAUCCUUCUGUUUAUAAUUGUCUUCAUGGGUUUCAUGUUGGUUGGCCCUGCUUGAGCUUUGAUAUUUUACAUGAUAACUUGGGUUUGAACCGAACCGAGUUUCCUCACACAGUUUAUAUGGUAGCUGGAACUCAGGCUGAGAAAGCAGCUUGGAACUCCAUAGGGAUAUUUAAAAUAAGCAACGUUUCUGGUAAAAGACGUGAUGUGUUGCCCAAGAAACUAGCAAAUGGUGAAGGCGAUAUGGAGGAUGACGAAGACGAAGAUGAUGACAGUGACAGUGAUGAGGAUAGCGAAGAUGAAGCUUCUAGUACUCCAAUAAUUCAGCUUCGAAGGGUUGCUCAUCAUGGAUGUGUUAACCGAAUCCGGACAAUGACACAAAAUCCUCAUAUUUGUGUCUCGUGGGCAGAUUCUGGUCAUGUACAGGUGUGGGAUUUGAGUUCUCAUCUGAAAGCUUUAACCGAGUCAGAAACAGAAGGUAAAGACGGAAGUUCGUCUGUGUUUAACCAAGCACCUUUAUUUAAUUUCGGAGGCCACAAAGAUGAAGGAUAUGCUAUAGAUUGGAGCCCUACAGUCACCGGAAGACUUGUUUCUGGGGAUUGCAAGAGUAUGAUUCAUUUAUGGGAACCUGUUUCCGGGUCAUGGAACGUUGAUUCCAAACCUUUUGCUGGGCAUUCUGCAAGCGUUGAAGAUUUGCAAUGGAGUCCAUCAGAAGAGCAUGUGUUUGCAUCGUGUUCUGUUGAUGGGCAUAUUGCAAUUUGGGAUGUGAAAAGGGGGAAAUCUCCUGUAGUUUCUUUCAAGGCGCAUAAUGCAGACGUUAAUGUUAUCUCAUGGAACAGGCUGGCUAGUUGUAUGUUGGCUUCCGGGAGUGAUGACGGGACCUUUUCCAUCCGUGAUCUUAGAUUUCUCAAGGAAGGAGAUGCAGUGGUUGCUCAUUUCGAAUACCAUAAACAUCCGAUCACAUCAAUUGAGUGGAGCCCUCAUGAAGCAUCGACGCUUUCAGUUUCUUCAGGCGACAACCAGCUCACGAUAUGGGAUCUGUCGCUGGAGAAGGAUGAGGAAGAGGAGGCAGAGUACAAAGCCAAGACCCAAGAACAAGUAAACGCCCCACAAGACUUGCCUCCUCAGCUUCUAUUUGUUCACCAGGGCCAGAAGGAUUUGAAGGAACUUCACUGGCACAACCAGAUACCAGGAAUGAUAAUCUCCACUGCGGCUGAUGGUUUCAACAUCUUGAUGCCUUACAAUAUCCAAAACACCCUUCCUUCUGAUGUCCCCAUCUGAAAGGUUUUGUCUUUCUGAGAAUUUUCAGAUGUAAACGUUCAAAGACUGAAAUACCAUUUGUUUUUGUGUCGUGGAUUACUGCUUUUAAAGAACUGUGUAUCUGUUGUGGUUUCUCAGGUAUCUAGACCUGCAAAUUAUUUCCCGUUGUCCGAUGGUAA